CGGUAGAAUACCAGAAUGUAUUCUUCUCCACUCUCAGAAACCUAGAUAAUUCAGCAUGAAAAGGAACAUGUUAUGCUUAUUGUUUUCUCUCAUUUUGAUCCAAAUAAAUGGGAUUUCGCUUUUGACAGGCGAAAACAAUGACCAAGGGGGUCAAACGGACAAAAAUGCAGUCCCAACAAAACGCGUGGAUAUUCUUCAGCAACUUUUAAACCAGGAAACUAUCAUCCGAAUGUCUUUAGAGAAAAGUGUACGUGACCUCAUGAAAGAAGUUGCUGAUAUGAAAGAAAUUCAAAUUGAAAAUCUAAGACUAGAAAGAAACAGUUUAAUCCAGUUGAAAGAAAAUCUUACUCGGAUUGAAUAUCCUGAACUACUUACAGAAAAGUGUGAACAAAUGUAUGAGAGCAUGAAUCGUUCACUGGAAAUAUUGAACAACGAACUGACUUCCAGACACAAACAACUUUCAGAAAACGUUUCCAACCUCGAGAUAAUUCACCGUGACAAUCAAGGUGUGAUCGCAUUCAACGCCUUACUGACAGCUGACCAGAAACGACCAGCAAAAAGAGCUGUUAUCAUUUUUAAAAAGGUAACAUUAAAUUCUGGAAACGCUUAUGAUGCAACAACGGGAAAAUUUACGGCUCCUGCUGACGGAAUAUUCUCAUUUACUUGGACCAUUGCCACAAAUUCUGGUCAUCUUCUAAGCACAGAAAUAGUAAACAACGAUAAGCCUGUCAGUUACAACCACGUGAACGGCAGACAUGGUAAUCACAAUUACGAAACUGGAUCAACAACAGCUAACAUAGAAAUGAAAAAGAAUGAAAAGGUCUGGAUUAGAGCGUAUGAAGAUGGAUAUGCAAGACCCACAUGGUCAUCUUUCUCUGGUUUCCAGUUAAAGAAAUAGUCUUUCUGUUAAUACAGAAAUUU